ACACACACGCACAAGACCUUAGACCAUAUUCAUUCACUCUAAUUUCUUCUUCAUCUGUCUUGUUUCAAAGGGAAAAAUUAUAAGAAAAAAGAAAUAAAAAAACAUAGGCUUUGGUUCUUCUAACUUGUAACUUGUUAAGUUCCAAAUCUUCAACCACUGAGAGAGAGACAUCCCCUCCGACAUUUUCUCUAUUCUUCAAGCAAACUCUUCCUUCGUCUCAGAUCUCUCUCUCUCUCUCUAGGGUUUCCGUUUCUCUUCUGCUAUUUAUGAUCACUCUCUGACGCGCUUCUCCUACCAAAUCAAGUGCUUCCGUCUCUUCUCCUUCUUCUCUGAUUUGAAGGAUUUGUGUGGCUGGAGAUGGUGGUUUCGGGGCCGAUCACGCCGGGGCAGGUGUCUUUCUUGCUGGGGGUUAUUCCAGUUUUUGUUUCAUGGAUAUAUUCAGAGUACUUGGAGUACAAGAAACCCUCAUCUCCUCCCAAAGUUCAUUCAGAUGUUUGUCUUGAAGAGUUGGGGAAGGAUGCAAUUAAGGAAGAUGAUCGGGCCAUUUUGCUGGAAUCAGGGCUUACAAGAUCAGCAUCAGCAAAAUUCCAUCCAUCAUCUGUCAAAUUGAAUUUGAUUCGGUUUUUGACCAUGGAUGAUUCUUUCUUGUUAGAAAAUCGAGCAACUUUGAGGGCAAUGGCUGAAUUUGGGCUGAUUCUGUUUUAUUUCUACAUAUGUGAUCGAACCAACAUACUUGGAGAUUCCACCAAGAGUUAUAGUCGGGAUCUUUUCAUCUUCCUCUACCUUCUUCUGAUUAUAGUUUCAGCUUUGAGUUCUUUGAAGAAACAUAAUGACUCAUCAACAUUUUCUGGAAAAAAUAUACUUUACCUUAACCGACAUCAAACAGAGGAGUGGAAAGGAUGGAUGCAGGUCCUCUUUUUAAUGUAUCAUUAUUUUGCUGCAACGGAGAUAUACAAUGCAAUACGUGUUUUCAUUGCUGCAUAUGUUUGGAUGACUGGAUUUGGAAACUUCUCCUAUUAUUAUAUCAGAAAAGAUUUUAGCCUUCCACGUUUUGCUCAGAUGAUGUGGCGGCUUAAUUUUUUUGUGGCCUUCUGUUGUAUUGUGCUUAACAAUGACUAUAUGCUCUACUAUAUAUGCCCAAUGCACACGCUUUUCACUUUGAUGGUGUAUGGAGCAUUGGGUAUAUAUAACAAGUAUAAUGAAGUUCCCUCUGUGAUGGCUGCAAAGAUUUUGGCAUGCUUUCUUGUGGUGAUCUUGGUUUGGGAAAUCCCUGGAUUCUUUGACAUAUUUUGGAGCCCAUUUGCUUUAUUUUUGGGUUAUACUGAUCCUGCAAAGCCUGAUCUCCCUCGAAUGCAUGAGUGGCAUUUCAGAUCUGGGCUUGAUCGCUACAUCUGGAUAAUUGGAAUGAUUUAUGCCUACUUUCAUCCAAAUGUUGAGAAAUGGAUGGAAAAAUUGGAAGAGAGUGAGAUCAAGAGGAGAGCUACCAUCAAAACCAGCAUUGUUUCUGUUGCAUUAUUUGUUGGGUACUUGUGGUAUGAAUACAUAUACAAGCUGGAUAAGGUCUCAUACAACAAGCUCCACCCCUACACCUCAUGGAUUCCAAUUACUGUAUACAUUUGCUUGAGGAAUUUCAGUCAGCGGCUUCGGAAUUUCUCUUUAACCCUCUUUGCGUGGCUUGGCAAGAUUACUUUGGAGACAUACAUUUCCCAGUUUCAUAUUUGGUUAAGGUCUAACAUGCCAAACGGACAGCCCAAGUGGCUUCUUUCUCUUAUCCCGGAGUAUCCUAUGCUCAACUUCAUGCUAACAACUGCUAUAUACGUCUUUGUAUCUCAUCGACUUUUUGAAUUAACAAAUACACUUAAGACAGUGUUCAUACCUACGAAAGACAAUCGAAGGCUGCUGCAUAAUUUUAUUACUGGGGUUGUACUUUGCCUUUCUCUGUAUUGCAUUGCACUUAUUCUUCUUCUGAUUCCUCAUUCAACGGUUUAAAAUUCAAGCCACCAAAGAGAGAUUACAUAGACAAUACCCUUUGAAUUGGCUGUGCUAAAAGGAAACUAGGAAAUGCGGAUUAAAAUAAGGGUACAUGGAAAUGUGGGAUCUCUUUUGGAGCAGUGUUUCUAUAGUUGUGGGAAGUAGUAUCCUCAAUGACGGCAUCAAAUAUAAACGUUGAGUGUUGGUUUGCAUUGGAGGUUGGCAGAUGAAAAGGGGGAUUAACCCCGAAGGAUUUUGAACCAAUUUUCUAUAAAUUCAUUUGUGCUCUCACACAUAAAACGAGAAAAAGGUAGGAUCGUCAUACAAAUCCGUCGUCUUGGCUUCGAAGAAAUCCAAGAUUCAUUUCAUUACCCGUUCCUGUUCAAUUUUCAUUGUCAUUUUUUGACUUUUUCGUCUGUGAAGGAUAAGGAAAUAUAUGUAUAUUCAUUUAUACAAUCUUUUACCAGAAACCUGUCAUACCCUUGUAACAAUAGUUUUGUUUAAUGGCUAUAAGUGCAAGUAGUGUUACUUUUUUCUUCUGUUUUUUUGGGAGGGGUUGAAUAAAUCACCAAUUUAGUCCUCUAA